CGCAAUCAGCUGUUGCGUGGGUGAAAAGGGGCAUUUUCUUAAGAUUUCCCAAGCAAAAUGCAGGAUUUGAGGAAAGCGGACUCGCUACGACUGCCCAAUGGCGAUGGAGCAUCCGGGGAUGAGGUCAAAUCCCCGUUUCUAAUCGGAGUUGCCGGCGGAACGGCCAGCGGCAAAUCGACGGUGUGCAAGAAGAUUAUGGAGGCAUUGGGACAGGCGGAAAUGGAUCACACUCAGCGCCAGGUGGUGUCUAUUAGCCAGGACAGCUUCUAUCGGGAACUAACGCCUGCCGAGAAGGCCAAGGCGCAAAAGGGACUCUUCAACUUUGACCAUCCCGACGCUUUUAACGAGGAGCUCAUGUAUAGCACGCUUCAGAACAUCCUGCAGGGACACAAGGUUGAGAUUCCCAGCUACGACUAUCGUACAAACUCUCUGGACUUUGAAAACGUUCUGGUCAUCUACCCAGCUGAUGUGGUUCUCUUUGAGGGUAUAUUGGUGUUUUACUUUCCCAAAAUACGCGACCUUUUCCACAUGAAGCUGUUCGUGGACACGGACUCCGAUACCAGAUUGGCCAGACGAGUGCCACGUGACAUCAACGAGCGUGGAAGGGAUUUGGACGCAGUGCUCACCCAGUAUAUGACCUUUGUGAAGCCCGCCUUCGAGGAGUUCUGCUCGCCCACAAAAAAGUUUGCUGACGUUAUCAUACCGCGAGGCGCCGACAACACAGUUGCCAUUGAUCUUAUUGUACACCAUAUCGGGGAGAUUCUCGCCACCACCAACAGCGCACAGCACAGCAACACAGUCAGGGUGGCGGCGUCCAGCAUGAAGCGAGAUCACUAAACGCAAAUGCAAACUCGCUUCAGGGGCGGCCACCUCCUCGUCCUAACGCCGCGUCUUGAGCUUGUACUAAUUGCCAAAAACAAAAGUCCAAAAGCUAAAGAAUGAUAAUGAAAACCCAGGCGCCGCAGCACACUAAGGCAAAUGUCCAUUAAUGAGCGCCGGCAUCGCUUCUCAUUCGGUCUUCUCAUCGUAACCGAUUAACGUAGUCCUAAGAUUGAAAAGUAUCUUUAGUAUCUACUUGCAUAUGUUCAACAAUACAUGGUAGUGUGUAUGUAAGCUCGUUUCUGUUCAUCAAGAUAACCCAACCUGAGAUUGCGCUCCCAGUCUAACUCUGGUCCUAAGUUAUAACAAAGUGUUAUAGUUAAUAGUUGUUCCUGGGUCUAACCUGGUGCCUAGCCCCAAACUGGCUUGUUUCCGAGGACUUAAGCACUCUUUUCACCAAACCACACAUGUUACACAUCUAACUAUUGUAUCUAUGUUUCGAUGCCCGAUACUUUGUUAACUAUUUAAACUAAAUUUGGUUUGUGGAUGCCUUCUUAUUAGGCCUAUCUUUAUUAACUUGUAUAAUACGACUUUUCCUCAACCAUUCGAAUAAUUUAAUUUUCCAUUUAUUCUGCAUAGUUUUAAAUAUUUAUUAUAUUAUAACAAAACUAAUUACAUAUUACAAAUUCUUUAACCUCUAAUAUACAAAAUGUUUUUUCAACGUACAAUAACAAUUUUUUAUAUAAUAUAUUCGUUAAAAAAAAUUAAACAUUCACUAGGAAUUUUUUUAACGUAACAGUAGUUUUCAAACUAUAAUUAAAGCAAUCGUUCCAAAAGCAAUAUAUACUUCUACCAAAAAAAGUAGUUAAUAUAACUUUAGUCAUCUCGAUGAAUUCAAGUUUAUUGUAUUGUGAAAAUAUUAAAUUCCAUUAUCCGAGUACCGGGCAUCUCAAAGGUCGGCCACUGCGACUUUAUCGUUCUCAAAUCGUGUCUACUAUAAACACUAUAAUGCAGUCUCAAAUAUACAAAUACAAGACAGACAACUGCCAGCAAGGCUCGAAGAUAAAAA